CGUGAAGACGAAGAGGAGCUCUCUAGUUCAACAGACUGUUUAAAGAAGAGGACUACUUCUGUACACACAGUUUUUAUUACCUUCCAAUAAUUGGAUCAGAAAAUGAACCCAACUAAUCCUUUCAGUGGGCAGCAGCCUAGUGUUUUUCCAACAUCUAGUAGUUCCAUAGGAACGUUUCAGGCUAGGCCAGCGUUUCGAUUUGGUCAGCCUUCUCUUUUUGGACAAAACAGUACAUUACCUGGGAAAAGCUCAGGAUUUUCACAGGUAUCUAGCUUUCCAGCAUCUUCUGGAGUAAGUCAUUCUUCUUCAGCGCAGACAGGAUUCUCCCAGACCUCGAAUGUUGGACUCUUUUCUGGACUUGAACACACUCCGGCUUUUGUAGCUACUUCUGGGCCUUCAAGUUCAUGUGUGCCUGGAAACCCGGGAUUUAGUUUUAAAUCACCCAACCUUGAGGCUUUUCCAAGUACUUCUACUUUUGGACCAGACACUGGAGAAAUAGCAAGUUCUGGUUUGGGGAAAACCGAAUUCAGCUUUAAACCUCUCGAAAAUUCAGUGUUCAGACCAAUAUUGGGGACUGAAUCAGAGCCAGAGAAAACUCAGAGCCAAAUUACUUCUGGAUUUUUCACGUUUUCCCACCCAAUUAGUAGUGGACCUGGGGGACUGACCCCAUUUUCUUUUUCUCAGAUGACAAGUAGUUCAGCUACCAAUUCAAAUUUUACUUUUUCAAAACCAGUUAAUAGUAAUAAUUCGUCAUCUGCCUUUAUUCCUGCUUUGUCAAACCAAAAUGUAGAGGAAGAGAAGAGAGGCCCUAAAUCACUGUUCGGAAGUUCUGGUAGUAGCUUCACCAGCUUCCCCACAUCUUCAGGGUCUUUGGGUGAACCCUUCUCAGUCAGCAAAACAGGUGUCAGACAAGGAUGUGAAGAAGCUGUUUCCCAAAUGGAGCCACUUCCCAGCCUCAUGAAAGGACUGAAAAGGAAGGAGGACCAGGAUCGCUCCCCAAGGAGACAUGGCCAUGAUGGGGCAGAAGACUUGGACCCUCUGUCAAGGGGCGAUCAUCCCCCAGAUAAACGACCUGUCCGUCUCAGUCGACCCCGGGGAGGCACUUUGUUUGGUCGGACGAUACAGGAUGUCUUCAAAAGCAAUAAAGAAGUAGGUCGCCUGGGCAACAAGGAAUCUAAAAAGGAAAUUGGCUGUGCCGAGUCUGGGGAUAAUGACCACUUCGCCAUCCCAGGAGGGAGUCAAUCUGUCCUUGCACCUUCCCGGCUUCCAGGUGUGAAUAAAGAGGAAGAAACCGAAAGUAGAGAUAAAAAAGAAGAUUCUCUCCGAGGAACUCCUGGGCGUCAGAGUAAAAGAAGCGAGAGCACAGACAGUCUUGGGGGCUUGUCUCCUGCUGAAGUCACGGCAAUCCAGUGCAAGAACAUCCCCGACUGUCUCAACAACAGAACCAUUCUGGAGAAGCACUUCGGUAAAAUUGCUAAAGUGCAGCGCAUCUACACCAGGCGCAGCAAGAAGCUUGCAGUGGUGUAUUUUUUUGAUCAUGCAUCUGCAGCCCUGGCUAGGAAGAAGGGGAAAGGUUUGCAUGAAGACAUGGCUAUCUUUUGGCACAAGAAGAAAAUAAGUCCCAACAAGAAACUCCUUUCCCUCACGGAGAAGACACCGGGUGAUGGUGAGGCUGGCCAGGGCACGGAGGACGCCCCCUUCCAGCACGCCUCUCUGGGCAGGCCUGUGGGGAGGGCUGCAGCCGGCAGCCUGCUGAAUAAGAGCUCUCCAGUGAAGAAGCCAAGUCUUCUGAAGGCCCACCAGUUGGAAGGAGACCCUUUUGAUGAGGCCUCCGAGGGCUCUGAGGGUCUCGGGCCGUGUGUGUCCUCCCUUAGUACCCUGAUAGGCACCGUGGCUGAGACGUCUGAGGAGAAGUACCGCGUACUUGACCAGAGGGACAGAAUUAUGCGGCAAGCUCGGGUGAAAAGAACCGACCUGGACAAAGCGAGGACUUUUGUUGGGACGUGCCCGGACAUGUGUCCCGAGAAGGAGCGGUACAUGCGGGAGACCCGGAGCCAGCUGAGCGUGUUUGAAGUGGUCCCGGGGACUGACCAGGUGGACCACGCGGCGGCUGUGAAGGAGUAUAGCCGCUCCUCCGCGGAUCAGGAGGAGCCCCUGCCGCACGAGCUGCGGCCCUCGGCAGUGCUCAGCAGGACCAUGGACUACCUGGUGACCCAGAUCAUGGACCAGAAGGAGGGCAGCCUGCGGGACUGGUAUGACUUCGUGUGGAACCGCACACGGGGCAUACGGAAGGACAUCACGCAGCAGCACCUGUGUGACCCUGUGACAGUGUCCCUGAUCGAGAAAUGCACCCGGUUUCACAUCCACUGUGCUCACUUCAUGUGUGAGGAGCCCAUGUCAUCCUUUGAUGCCAAGAUCAACAAUGAGAACAUGACCAAGUGCCUUCAGAGUCUGAAGGAGAUGUACCAGGACCUGAGAAACAAGGGCGUAUUCUGUGCCAGUGAAGCAGAGUUCCAGGGCUACAAUGUUCUGCUCAAUCUCAACAAGGGGGAUAUCCUAAGAGAAGUACAACAGUUCCAUCCUGCUGUUAGAAACUCCUCUGAGGUGAAGUUUGCUGUUCAGGCUUUUGCUGCGUUGAACAGUAAUAAUUUUGUGAGAUUUUUCAAACUGGUCCAGUCGGCUUCUUACCUAAACGCUUGUCUUUUGCAUUGUUACUUUAACCAGAUUCGCAAGGAUGCUCUCCGAGCGCUCAACAUUGCAUACACGGUGAGCACGCAGAGGUCCACCACCUUUCCCCUGGACGGCGUGGUGCGCAUGCUGUUGUUCAGAGAUUGCGAAGAGGCCACAGACUUCCUCAACUACCACGGGCUCGCCGUCUCUGAGGGCUGUGUCGAGCUGAACCGGUCCUCGUUCCUGGAACCAGAGGGGUUAUCCAAGGCCAGGAAGUCGGUGUUUAUUACCAGGAAGCUGACCGUGUCGGUUGGGGAAAUCGUGAAUGGAGGGCUGUUGCCCCCCGUCCCUCGUCACACACCUGUGUGCAGCUUCAACUCCCAGAACAAGUAUGUUGGGGAGAGCCUGGCCGCCGAGCUGCCCGUGGGCACUCAGAGACCUGGCUUGGACGCAGCAGGUGGGGAGAGAGGAGAGGAGAGUGGUGCAGAGGCAGACGUGCCCGCGCCCGCUCUCCUCCCACAGCCUCUUCCUGCCCCACCACCUGCACCGGUCUCUCUGCCUCACCUGCCGGCACUGGCACCAGCCCCGAGCGUGGCGCCCAGCCCCUUCCAGCCCCCUGUGCAGCCUGAGCUUCUUCCACCAAAGCCUGCGCCUGUGUACUCUGACACGGACCUGGCGCAGGUGGUGGAUGAGCUCAUCCAGGAGGUUCUUCAGAGGGACUGCGAGGAGGUUGGCGCUGCGGGGGCGGCCUUCGCAGCCACAGCUCUGGGUGUUUCCAAUGCUGCUAUGGAGGAGCUGUUAACAGCUGCAACCACAGGCAUUUUGAGGCACAUUGCAGCUGAAGAAGUGACUAAGGAAAGAGAACGAAAGGAGGAGGAGAGGCGGCAGGCUGAAGAGAAGAGGUUGAAACAAGAGAGAGAACUGGUGUUGAGUGAACUGAGCCAGGGCCUGGCUGCAGAGCUGACGGAACUCGUGGUGGUGGAAUGCGUGAGGGAAACCUGCUCCCAGGAGUUGAAGAGUGCAGUGGAGACAGACCAGAGGCUCCGCAGGGCCCGUUGUUGUGAGGAUGUCUGUGCCCACCUGGUGGAUUUGUUUCUCGGGGAGGAAAUUUUCCAGAUGGCAAAGGAGACCCUCCAGGAACUUCAGUGCUUCUGCAAGUAUCUCCAGCGGUGGAGGGAGGCUGUCACAGCCCGGAAGAAACUGAGGCGCCAGAUGCGGGCCUUCCCUGCGGCGCCCUGUGUGGACGUGAAUGACCGGCUGAGGGCACUGGCGCCCAGCGCAGAGUGCCCCAUCACUGAGGAGAACCUGGCCAAGGGCCUCCUGGACCUGGGCCAUGCAGGGAAAGUGGGCAUCUCCUGUACCAGGUUAAGGUGGCUCAGAAACAAGACGGUGCACCAGCUGAAGGUCCAGCACUUCCACCAGCAGCUGCUGAGUGAUGUGGCCUGGGCGCCCCUGGACCUGCCAUCCCUUGUGGCCGAGCACCUCCCUGGGAGGCAGGAGCGCGUGUUCUGGAAGCUGGUGCUGGUGUUGCCUGCUGGAGAAGAGCAGUCCCCAGGGAGUCCUGGCAGAAUCCUAGCAAAUUGGUUAAAAGUCAAGUUCAUGGGAGACGAUGGCUUGGUGGAUGACACAUGCAGUGACGCUUGUGGGAUUCAGACACUUGCACUGUUUAAUGCGCUCAGGAGCAAAGAGAGUCAGACAGUUUCUGUCAAUGUGUGUAUAAAGGUGGCCCAUGGCGCGCUCAGUGACUGUGCUCUCGAUGCCGUGGAGACGCAGAAGGAGCUGCUGGGGGCCAGCGGGCUCAUGCUGCUGCUUCCCCCCAAAGUGAAGAGCGAGGACGUGGCGGAGGAGGACGUGUACUGGUUGUCGGCGUUGCUGCAGCUCAAGCAGCUCCUGCAGGCCAAGCCCUUCCAGCCUGCACUGCCGCUGCUGGUUCUUGCGCCUGGCCCCGGAGGGGGCCCUGUGGAGAAGGAAGUGGAAGAUGGUCUGAUGCUGCAGGAUUUGGUUUCGGCUAAGCUGAUUUCAGAUUACACCGUUGUUGAGAUCCCUGAUUCCAUUAAUGAAUUACAAGCCACAAGUAAGGUUUCACAGGCUGUGCAGUGGCUGGUCUCCCGCUGCCCCUGUGCCCUUGACCUUUGCUGCCAGACCCUCGUUCAGUAUGUGGAAGAUGGGGUUGGCCGUGAGUUUAGCGGCCGGUUUUUCCGUGACAGAAGAGAGAGGCGGCUGGGCGGCCUGGCCUCGCAGGAGCCCAGCGCCAUCAUCGAGCUGUUCAACAGUGUGCUGCACUUCCUGGCCUGUGCAGUGUCCUCUGAGCAGCUCUGCGACCUGUCCUGGCCCGUCACCGAGUUUGCCGAGACUGGGGGCAGCCGGCUGCUUCCUCACCUGCACUGGAACACCCCGGAGCACCUGGCCUGGCUGAAGCAGGCAGUGCUGGGCUUCCAGCUUCCGCAGAUGGACCUUCCGCCGCCAGGGGCUCCCUGGCUCCCCAUGUACUCUAUGGUCAUCCAGUAUGCCUCGCAGAUUCCCAGCUCUCGGCAGACGCAGCCCGUCCUCCAGUCCGAAGUGGAGAGGCUGCUCCGCAGGACGUACUGCAGGUGGAGGAGCGGGAGCCCCCGCCUGGGCCGGGGCGCAGGGCCCUCGGCUGCGGAGAUCCCGUGGGACGACAUCAUUGCCUUGUGUGUCAACCACAGGCUGAGGGACUGGACGCCCCCCAAGCUUCCCGUCACGCCAGAGGCGCUGAGUGAAGACGGUCAGAUAUGUGUAUAUUUUUUUAAAAACCAUUUGAAAAAAUAUGAUGUUCCUUUGCUGUGGGAACAAGCCAGAAUGCAGACGCAGAAGGAGCUACAGCUGAGUCAGGGGCGUUUGGGGAUAAAAUCUUUUCAUCCCUCUGCAAACAAGUUUCCUACUCCGUUCCUUCACGUGCACUGCAAAGGGAGGAGGAGUGUGGAGUGCGGCCGAGAGGGGCGGAUUCCCAGCACGGAGGAUCUGAUGCGCGGAGCCUCUGCCCACGAGCGCCUGGCCCAGUGUCUGUCCAGCAGUCUGCUGCUGGAGAAGGAGGAGAGCAAGAGGUUUGAAGAUCAACUUCAGCAGUGGUUGUCUGAAGACUCAGGAGCAUUUACAGAUUCAACUUCCCUACCCCUCUACCUUCCUCAAACUCUCCUGUCUCUGCCUCAGACUAUCAAACCUGUGCUGAAAACAUCUACAGCUGUUAGCCCUCAGAAUAAAAGGACAGGGGAGCAACUGCAGCUGUCAGAGGCAACAGACACAUCUCUGACUGAACGGCUGAAGCACCUGGAAAGGCUGAUCCGGAGUUCAAAGGAAGAGGAAGUUGCCUCUGAGCUCCAUCUCUCUGCACUGCUGGACAUGGUGGACAUUUGAGCUGCUGGGCCUGAGAGAGGGAAGGUCUCUCUGGAAUAUUUUCUGCUUUUACUCAAAAUGAUGUUAUUCCCAGAUGCUUGAUGCAUUGUUGGAAAUGUGAUUAUAAAUCAUGCAAAUAAACUAUUUGAAUGUCUAAUAAGGUCUUACCCAGUUUUCAGAAUGAAAGGCUAUUUCCUCCUGUGUAACAUCUUUGUUAUUCUUACCUGUUUUCACCGUAUCCUCAGACUGUUACUCACCAACAUAUGCUCUGAGGGAAUCUGUAGCUCACACUUCUGUGUGUAACAAGUUGUCAUUCAUUGUCUCAGCAAAGUUGCAGUCCCUGAUGUGCCAGGUACCAAUGAUGCAGGGGAUGAAUGAGGCGCAGGAAGCCUGCCCACCAGGCCCACUCAGCUCACAUCUGAGAGAG